AUGUCCGACUAUUCGACAUCCGUGUCCGAUGGCGGCCCUCUAAGUGGGCCAAACCGGCGCUCAACGGGUGCAUCGGAAGCGCUGCAGUACUACUGGAGCGCAUCAGCCGGCGAACGAUCGGCCUCGGUGUCGUCUUCCCUCGGCAUGUCCCCCAUCGACUCGUCGCCGCGUCCGGGGCAGCUCGGCUCCCCAUACUCCCUCUCCCCGCACCCAGUACUACACGAGGCCAAGUCGGCCGUCUCCCUCCGGGAGCUGGUCCAGCAGGAAGCCGAAUAUGAACACGAGCAAGGCCGAACGCCAGCUCCCUGGGAGGUCGAGAUGGGCACCCACCUGCCAGACAUGUCAUACAGCGGCGGCAGUCUUGGCGGUCUCAGCGACCUGCGUGAGCGAGAACGCGAACGUGAUUCGGCAUCAUCGUCCACCAUGGGACAGAGCAACCGGCACAUUCACCUCGUGUCGUACUCAAGUGACGGUAGCAUGAGCCGCAUGGCAUCGGGCACGUCCGUACCGUCGAUCCAGAAUGUCACACCACCGAGCCCCAGCCGCUCGUCCCUCUCCGGUGAGAGCGAGUACUCGCUUCUCGAGGAGGAUAUGACUGGCACGACGGCCAUGCCACGCCGCAACGACCCCGUCGAGGUGCGGCAGAGCAGGCUACCACCCCAUCCGGACCUCCAGUCCCACCGCCUAGGUGUCAUUGACACCAACGGCGACCUGGGUAUGGGCGCCCUGUUGGAUCCGUCGUUUGACGAGUGGACACAGCAACGGCCAUGGAGGGAGUCGGGCAAUGCCAGUCCCCGCAGCCCGGUCGUGCAGUCGUCACCCUUGCAGUCACCGACUGAGAUCUGGAGCACCCCGACACAGGGCGCGCCUGCUCUUCGGUCACCCAUCGCACCCGUGGGCAGCUGGACGCGUUCAUCGUCUCCUGGAAACUCUUCCAAUGACCGCACUCCACGCAACAGCACACAGUCGCCACGCACACCGCGCCAAAACAAGUCGUUCAGGCCCUUGACGAGCGGACGCUUGUUAUUUGUCGCACCACCAGACGUUUCCCCUGGCAGCCUCGACGCGCUCCAGCGCGAGUACGCAGGCAUGAACCUCAAGCACGGCGGUCGCCUAGGCGGACUGUCUGUCCGAACGUAUGGACCCAACGACGAGCCCGACAUGCCACACAGCGCGCCGGCCAGCAGGACUGCGUUUGGUGACAUUGAGCUGCCAGGGAGCGGGCCGUUUGGGCGCGUCCGCCCGACUUCCCUCCUGCCACCUCCCACCACACCCCUGGAGUCAACGUCGUCGCCGAAACUACCACAACAACUGGCCAUCCCAUCCCCACGCUCGUCACCAAAACCUAUGAUACGGUUGAGCCCCGAACCACCACCAAAAAGCGAGCUACGGAGAGCAACCCCCGAACCUCCGACCAGUGCCUCGAGGUCCGGCUCAUAUCCGUCAAGGGCGGCAGUGACCACCCCACAGCUCUCACCCAAGCAUUCCAUGGCCGAACUGCCGACCAUCAUCAACACUCCUCACACCCCGGAAGGCCCAUCGCGCAAGGUUCAGACGGCGUCAGUUCCUGGGUCUGCACAGUCCAGCAGGUCGACGGCGGCACCCCCACGCACACCAAGGUCGCGCUCCACGUCGCCAGGACUCUCACCAGGAAACAUCGGACCAUUGCCCACAUCGGGUACUAUCCAGGAUCUCACCGACAUACUCGGCGGCGCAAUUGAUGAGAUUGGACUGAUCGACUCGCGCGACACUCCACCACCCAUGGUCGCCGAACCCUCCAAAGAGGCCACUGGCAGCAAGCCGCUGAUGCUCGCCAAUGUGCCUCCACGGUCGACGUCGACGGCAACUCCCCCAACACCGGCUCCCCCGGGGACGCUCAUGAGCGAACCGGCCGAGUUGUCCCCUACCACUUCCUCUGGCUUCUCGACCUCCCCCACCUCGCAUCCACAGUCACAACCUUUUGCGCAGCCUCCCCAGUCGCAGCCCUUAUCGCAAGGCAACGUUGGCCUGGGGCUGAUGGGCUCUGUUGGUGUUGGGGCCGCGAUGGCAGGUGUCGGAAACAAUGUCUCCAACGCCAGCACAAACAUCGCAAACGCCAGCUCCAACCUCGCCAACACUGGCCGCCAGCAGGUCCAGCGUCACGUCCGCAAGGCAUCAUCCAUCCUCUCCAUCCGCUCGAGCAAUCUUUCGUACGGCUCGGCACCAACGUUCUCACAGGCAGGCGCACUCCCCACCGCCGUGGUGUUUGGAAACAUCAAGGCUCUCAAGACUUGCGGCGAGCGGGCCCGAGCGUAUUCGCGUGGCGUCCAAGACCUGGCCCGAGCGGAUUCUGGCCUGCGCGACUGGUGCAACAAUGCUCACAGCGCUCCGCGUGUAAACAAUGUGCGCCCGAAACAGGCGGCGAUGGGCCAAGGACUCGGACUCGGGCUGCGGUCCCCCGAUGGUGCCGGUGCGCCUCUGGGUCUUGCGCCGCCGUCAAUGCGCAAUGUGUCGGCGAGCUCCGAAUUCCCCACGCGAGCCGAUGCGUACAGCGCACGCGAGAUCAUGGUCCGCAACAUGGAGCCCUCGGAUGAGCCCACUGCGCUGCCUCCCAACCUGCCGUACCCGCAGCUGCAGCUCAACAAUGUCAAGACAUCAAACUCGAUGCAGAGCAUCACCAGCGUGGCUUCCAAGGCGAGGAACGCCGGCGGCGGCUUAUUCUCGUCUGCAUUUGGGCGCUUGAAGAAGGACAGGGAACCAGGAAUCACCGGCCUCGGACCUCCGAACAGUAGCUCGCUUCUGAGCCUGUCGCCUUCUGCGUCUGCGUCCAAGCGCAGCCUCUUGCCGCCCGUACCCGCCUCUGCGUCCGCAAGCAGUCGCGAGUCACUCGACACUGGAGUGGACGGCAACAGCGACCGCCGUGUGCAGCCGUCCCUCGCCGUUCCCCGGGGACCCCGAGGACCCGGUGGUUCACCCUCCUCCGUCCUGGACGGUACUCCGGCACGGUCGAGCUUUGACAUGCCCCGUCCGAUCUCCUACGUACCAGCACGCGCCAGCCUUGACGGACAAACACGCCCAAACCUGGCUGGCCGGGGUAGUAGUAGCGGCACCAGCAGCGGCGGCUUUAACUGGUCCAGUCCCGGGUCGACGUCGACCAAUACGCCUUCGCCCUUGGCCCGUGGAGACAGUCGUAAUGAGAACGACAACGGCAACGACAACGUGCGUGAGGACGACCUGCGCCAGAUGAGCGACGCGCUUCCUCACGCGGAACGACCCGUUGUCCGCUCCUAUCUCCAGCGGUACGGGGCGCUGACCUACGCCAUGACGGCUUACAUUGAGGACGAAAAGCAAGGCACCCUGAUGCGCGUCUAA